AAUUAACAACUGAUAUUGUCGGGGUACCAGAAACUAACAAUUCGUCCACAUUGAAAAUUGCCAUUUACUAAAUAUUUCUGAAGGAAAGUGUUAACUUUUCGCUCAGCAUGGAAACUGGCACAUCUGCACGUGCCAUCUCCUUGGCAUUGGAGGACAGUGUAACAACGAAAAAGCGUAUAUUGACAGCUACGGAAUAUUCAAGAAUUUGUAGCUUCAUACAACAUUAUAGCGGUCUUGCUAUUGACUGCGAAAUGGAAAUGGUAAAUAAGGUCUUCACGGACAUUGACCGACAAACACUGAAAAGUAUUCUUCAAACAGAACUGUCUACGCGUUUGCGGGCGCAACAUUGGCAUUAUGAAUCAAAAGCGAAGAAGUACCUGCAAGCCUUUGAAGAUCAAGUGAAGACCCAUACAGCGCCAACUCUUCUGUUGAAAAUCGCUUGUUUGGAUGGUAUGAGUCCCACGACACUUUGUCGCAUCAUUUUGCAACAAAAGUACAAGUUCAAGCAUAAAUCAGAACUUAGUCGCGUCCUGAAAUAUCCUCAUCUCAUUGAUGAUUCGAAGCUAGCAGCAAAUGUGGCACAAUGCAUGUGUAGCGAUUCCCAAGAUGGCCCAUUGGUUGAUUUACGUCGACGAAUUUUAGGCGAAGAAUACGAAUUUAAGCUGAAACAAAUGGCUACAGCUGCUAAUAUGCACUAUAAUGAUGAAAAUGAAUUGCGGCGUCUGGGUUACGAUAAAACCCCCGAUAUUAAAAUGAUAGUGCCAUUCUUAUACAAAGGUGAAGUAGUUAAUUGGAUUGAAAGCAAAGCGACAUUCGGCGAUGUAAAAACACAUAAAUGGAACAUACAGCAGCAGCUUUAUAGCUAUAGUAAUCGUUUCGGUGCCGGUAUCGUCAUAUAUUGGUUUGGCUAUCAUGAAGAUACUCCACGUAUCUCCGAUAAUAAUGUAGGCAUCAUUGUGCUGGAUGAUUUUCCAUCUAGUGAGGAUAUGGUUUUUCUAGAUCUGACUGAUGGAGAUUCGUGCAUACAGUCUUCACUAAGCAAGCCAGCAUCAACCUAACUUAAAUUAAAAAAAUGUUAAUUCUAAACAGCUUUUAUGAUUUAUUUGUAUAUAGGGGUAAUUUUAUAUGCAUGUUUUAUUUGUGCAUGUACAUAUUUAUUUAUAGUUUUAAUUAUACUGUACACCGCUAUGGUGUAUACAAUAAGACAAAGUAAAAGAUAAUUUUUGUUAAAUUCCCAACCCCUAUUUUUAAAUGUAAAAACUGUAACGAAAGCCUUCUUGUAAAGUUUAUAAUAUAGGGAAAACCAAAAACCGUGUGUUAAUUACAGUUUAAAUGAUGGUUGUGAUUAUUGGCAUCUAAUUGUAACUUUUUUCUUUGUUUACAUAAUCUAUCUGCUGGGAACGCGUUGAAAAAACACUAAACAAUAAAUGUGUUGAAAAUUAAAAUAUGGAAAAAGAGGUUGUCUGU